UGGUGUCCAACAAAACAAACAAAAAACUCAUAAUUGGAACGGCAGAGUAAGUCAGAUCACAGACCAAACAACGUCAACGCGCGGUGGUUCUGAAUUAACCUCCGUCCAAACAUGGCUGCUUCAACGGAAUCACCAUUCAAAUCAAACAUAUUGAAAGGUAAAGUAGCUUUGAUUACAGGUGGAGCAUCGGGAAUUGGAUUCGAAAUAUCAACACAAUUCGGUAAACAUGGUGCCUCUGUUGCUCUCAUGGGUCGUCGUAAACAAGUUCUUCAAUCUGCUGUUUCUGUUCUCCAAUCACUUUCAAUCCCAGCCGUUGCUUUUGAGGGUGAUGUUAGGAAACAAGAUGAUGCUGCCAGAGUUCUUGAAUCUACUUUUAAGCAUUUUGGAAAGAUUGAUAUCCUUGUUAAUGCUGCUGCUGGCAAUUUUCUAGCUGCUGCUGAGGAUCUCUCCCCAAAUGGAUUUCGAACUGUUUUGGAUAUCGAUUCUGUUGGCACAUUCACUAUGUGCCAUGAAGCACUUAAAUAUCUCAAGAAAGGGGGGCCAGGAAGGAGCUCUUCUAGUGGAGGGGCAAUAAUAAACAUUAGUGCUACCUUACAUUAUACAGCUUCUUGGUAUCAAAUUCACGUAUCUGCAGCAAAGGCAGCUGUUGAUGCCACUACAAGAAACUUGGCACUGGAAUGGGGAGCAGAUUAUGAUAUUAGAGUCAAUGGGAUUGCACCAGGUCCAAUAAGUGGCACACCUGGCAUGAGUAAACUUGCUCCUGAAGAAAUAAGUAGUAAAGCCAGAGAUGAGAUGCCUCUAUAUAAACUCGGGGAGAAGUGGGAUAUUGCAAUGGCUGCUCUCUACUUAGUAUCAGAUGCAGGAAAAUUCAUCAAUGGCGACACUAUGAUAGUUGAUGGAGGACUUUGGCUGAGCCGGCCUCGUCAUUUACCGAAAGAGGCAGUAAGGCAAGUAUCGCGAACAGUAGAAAAAAGAUCCAGAAAUGAACCAAUUGGUGUUCCAAAAAGCAAGCUAUGAGCCAGCAGAUUCAGUAUUAGCCCCUCGAUACUGCAGGGGAUUACUUCUUUAAACAAUACAAUGGAUGUAAGAUAUGAUCUCAGUUACUGAUAAAUUGAAAUUAUCACAAAGUUCAACAUUUCCCACAUUAGAAAUAUAAAAUAUGAUGAUUUAAAGUCGCGGCUACAUCCAACAGAAAAUAAAAAGGCCAUGGCUAGCAUGAAUCCCAUGAUUGUGUCUUGUCCUAUGUGUGCUUAUUGAAACUGUAAGAAAAUUCAGCUGUAAUUUUGAACGUGAUAUGUGGCUAGCUAGUGCCUAAGUUCAAAUAAAGAAGUUAUACCUUCAAAAGGACAGCAUAAACCCAACCAUGAAAGUUGGUUCAUUAGAUUUAGGGUUCUUUUGGAUUUUGUUUAAUAAAAACAUUUUAUUAAAAUUGUUUUUGUUCUUUGUAUGUAUUAAGAAUCGAGCAAGCA